AUGUUCAGCACAGAUUUUGAAGAUUACUGCGAUUUUAAUGACAGCAUUUGCAGCAAUGACUCUGGUUUCGAAAGAUCCUACGCAGAUUCCUCAGCACCCUCUUCUACCAGUACUCCUUUAAAACAUGACACAUCUGAUCUCGGAAUAUCAUUAGGUAUAACCAAAGAUAGUAAUGUUAAACGGAGAUUAUUUGGCGAUGAAUUUAGCUUCGGUUUUCCAGCUCAAGUUGAAGAAGUCAAAGGAUUCGAAGCAUUUCAACCUCUAGAUAACACCUCAACGCCAAAAAAAGACAAAAAGUGCAAAGAUCCAAGUAAACCAAAACGUAAAUACGCUAACGGUAAAAACAGAGUGACAAGAUGCAAGAGCCCAACGCAGAUUUUAAGAAUAAAGAGAAAUAGGAGAAUUAAGGCGAACGACAGAGAAAGGAAUAGAAUGCACAUGUUAAACGAGGCUCUAGAUAGGCUAAGGUGUGUUCUACCCACUUUUCCAGAAGAUACAAAGUUAACAAAAAUUGAAACGUUACGAUUCGCCCAUAAUUAUAUCUUCGCUUUAAGCCAAACGUUACAAUCACUGGAUAGUAUCAACUCAGGAGUACCAAUAGAAAAUAAAUUCGAGAAAUAUGAAGCUUGUGCAUUAUCUGGUGAUAAAUUGAACAAAGAUGCAUUUAGAGAUAUAUUCGUACCGAGCAAAACUGAUGAUAGCGGCGAUGGGUAUAGAAAUUUUCAAGGAUUUAGCAAGCCGUUUCCAAACGGAUCCAACUUCCUCCAAACCUCUGAAGGUGUGUUAAUUAAUGUGGGUAAUGUUACAGUGUCAGUUAAUAACAAAGGUGGUAACUGUAUAACAUCUACAACCGGCAGCGGCUUCUUUACCCAUCCAGCAAGUUAUGGAGAUGAUUUGCAAACAAGUUACUUGAACAGAUCAUACACUAAUUAUGAUAAUUAUGAUACUAGUCUUCAAAGUGGAAAGGAGUACUUUAAUCAGAAAAACUAUGAAAUAUUUAAAAAUGCCUUUGAUACUGCUAAGAAUAGGAAACAUCCCAUGACUGAAUAUACAUCGAAUUAUAAUAACUUUUCCAAUAACAAUUACGCUUAUAACGACAAAUAUAACUACGACAAUAAUACUUGCUAUUCACAGAGUAAUUUUUAUUACCACGACCAAAGAUAUGUUGGUAGAGACUUUUAUAGAAGUCCAAGUGUUGUGAAUGCUCAAAUU